AAUCACAGGAUUAGCACCUUGCUUAAGAGUUGCAUCACUUUAUUACACUUUUUCCCCAUUACUUUGACUUCCCCACUUCUGGCUCAUAGUGGGACGUUUUUUUUAGCCUCUAAAACAUGUUCAGCACCUGCAAUUGCAGCUCAGUUAUUGAAGUGGAAUAUUGCAAUGCAUCAUGCGGCCUUGGGACUGAGUCUACGACGACCCUCAGCUAUUGAAUGAAGCAUCUGCCAAGGGAAGAAGAGGAGCAGGGGCAGCCGGAGAAGUGAAGGGCGGCUGGGCCAAAAUCUUGCCUGCUGUGGCAGAGUCUGAGACUCUGGACAAAUCAUCCUCAUGCCACUUGUAAAUAACAAAGUGGGCGAUGAUUGCACAGUCGGCACAGACAAGGCUUUGGCUGAUGGAAAAGCUCUGGUGGAUUCCUUGAUAAAGGUGGUGGCAUGUUACCGGCAUUUGGCUUCAUGCGUUGGCGGGUGCACAGACACCUUGCAGCUGCGGGAUGAGUUGCGACAAACACGAGAAAAGGCCCAAAAGUUGGCCGUGGCCAUCUGUCAGCAUCUGACCUCACAUCUCCGGGACAAGAGCCUCCCUGAGGAGCAGCGUAAGGAGAUGGAGCUCCUCUGGGUGGCCUUCUCCUCCAGCCUGGAGCUCCUCCAUGCUGACAUGUGUAAAGUUUUCAAGAUGGCUGACAUCUUCUCUUUGGCUGACACGGCUUCUUUGGUGCAAAAUGGCCUACAAGGAGGAGGCAGUGAAGUAGCGGCUCGGGCGCUCAGUCUGCCAGACCUGAACGAGGCUGAGACUCCAGCCCUCCCCGAUGGCCUAGAAAGCCAGGAACGCAACACCAUGGAGCAGGAGAUCAGCCAAAUUGACCACAUGAUCGAAGAUAUGGAGAAGAAAGUCAACGUAUUGCGCUGGAUGGUGGAGCCCCACGGGCCGCAGUACGCCGACCCAGUCAGCACCACCGACAGCGCCUCUCUGGCUCUGCUCUCUAUUGACGAAGAGCAGCCGGGACAUCAGCCUCUAUGCCAGCGCAGUCUCAUCUUUGUGCUCUUAUUGCUAUGUGCUGUUGUUUUAGUGGCAGCCACUUUAUCUGUCUGUGUUUUCUUUUUCUCAUGAGCAAAACCUUAAUACACUCAACUUAUUAUUAUUUUUUCAGUAAAACCUCAGCAAAGAUGCUCAGUAACAGAAAAUGUAAAGAAAACGGCAAGCUUUGCAAAUAGCUUUGUCUUUACAUUCUCUCUCAAAACAGGCAAAAUGUUGUAAUAGCUGCUAAUUUAUCUACUAGUGCAUAAGAUACUUUGUCUAAUAUACACUGACAUAAAUCUGGAUGCAAGCCAAUUUGCCAUUUAUUGCAGUGAAUCCAAAGCUGCCAUAUAUUCUAAACUACCUUUGUUUAAAAAAGUGACAAUAAAAAUACACAGUUGCCAGUUAGAACUGAUUAUUUAAAACACAAUCAUUACAAUAUAGCCAGGUGAUUUUACCUACACAACAAUUGUAAAAAGAUAGUUUCUAUGUUCCCCUUGCUCCUGUAUAGUGCAUUCUCCUAAAUAGUUUGUGAUACAUGAAAGGAACAAUGUCUGAUUUAAAAGAAAAAAGAAAAAAAAAAAGCUGUCAGAAAGACACUUGUAUUCCUUUUUUGCCAUGGAGAAGAUAUAGGUGCUGAUGCUUUGUAGCUAAUAUACUGUAUUAAGCAGAAUAUUCACUUCCAAUGACUGAAACUUUUUUUUUUGAUUCAGUGUUACUUAUUGUGUAUAUAAUCUGUGCUGUAGAGAACUUACGAUGUAUAGUUAUGCAUUAUAAAAGUAUCAACUUUGAUAUGACACUGUGUUGUUUUC